UUUCUCUUUCCCUUUUUUUUUUUUCCGUAGGAUAUUGAAUAAAACGACAUCCAUAAUUACAGUCUAUACACACUGUGUAUACCGUAUUCAAGCAGCUUAAGAAUUAGAGCAAGGAAAACAUAUAGUUCAAAUGUCUUCUCCUCUUCAACCACCUCCACCAAACAUGCGGUAGUAUCGCCCAUAAGGUUCUCUUUUCUUUACGUUAACAAAUAUGUUUUACUCAUCACUCCUUUUCAACAUUGCUUUAUUUUACUAGGUCACCUUCUGUCUCAUCGCAACCACCUAUUUCUCAACCUAACGCUAAUGCAUUACCAUCUCCCUAUGCUCAUCACCUUACGCCACCUAAUUUACCAAUGGCAACUAGUCAGCCGCCUACAAGCCAGCAGCCAAAUACCACCAGUAGUAAUGUUUCACUACCUCCUCCUUCAAGAGUUACUGAACUUCCCUCUCUAUUAUCUUCUUCUUCACCACGUGGUACUUCGCCUUCAUAUCUCUCACAGCAACAACAGCAUCGUCAACAUCCGUCUUUACCUCCUGCUAGCUCAUUUUCUACUGAGCAGCAGCUUCCCAGUAAAGGUGGCCAUAAUGCACCCAAUAGUAGUAGUAAUCCUGUAUUACCACCUAUCUCGCCACGUAAUUCUUCAACCUCCCCCUAUACUGAGCGUAGAUCAAGUAUCGUCCAUCCACCUCCACCUUCCUCUAUCCAACCACCACCACCGCCACCACCAUCGAACUCAUCUCCAUCCUCUUCAUCACCCCAUCCACAAGUUCAACCACAGCAACAGCGGUCUUCUCCAGCACCUGCAAUCGCAGUUCCCGCGCCUCCAACGCAACCCAUGAUGCCUGCUGCGAAUACGAAUAGCGCUAAUGCUGCUUCUGUUGCUGCAGAGGGUAAUUACCGUCCCCUGAAUGUCAGAGAUGCUUUGACCUACCUUGAUCAAGUCAAAGUUCGAUUCUCAGAUCAACCAGAUGUUUACAACCGCUUUUUGGAUAUAAUGAAAGAUUUCAAAAGUCAGGCUAUUGAUACACCUGGUGUUAUUGAACGUGUGUCUACGUUGUUCCAAGGUCAUCCUGCAUUGAUAUCAGGUUUUAAUACCUUUUUACCACCCGGCUACCGUAUUGAAUGCUCUACAGAUCCCCGUGAACCAGAUUUGAUCACCGUCACAACCCCCAAUGGCGUUACAACUACAACUACAGGAGGAGGAAAUAAUCGACUUCGUAUGGAAGCAAUGGAGAACUCCUCCAUGCAUGGACACCCCUCGUUACCGCCCUCAAACAGCAAUGUUGCACCACCAUCGCUUCCACAGGCUCAUCAUGCAGGGCUUCCUCCUCCAAACCAUCAACAUCACCAUCACCAUGGUCACCCUCCUCCACCCCCUUCACAUCAUCAGCAUCCACAUCAAGGACCUCCGCCACCUCCAUCGCAAUCGUACUAUCCCUAUAGUCAUCAUAUGCAUCAACCACCACCUCCACCUCCCAUUCAGCAACAACAGCAACCUCCUCCCUCUUCUAUGCCCCCUCCGCCUCACCCGUCUAUGAUGAGCCAACCAUUGUAUCAUCAUCCACAGCAACACCAACCGCAACACCCGCCCCCGCCCCUCCGUGCACAGCAUACACAACAACAACAACAACAACAACAACAACAGCAACAGCAACAGCAACAGCAGCAACCUGCUUCUAUCGGCCAUCCACAGCCUCCACCCCCAACCAUUUCUCACCACGGCGGUGUUGUGAGCAGUCCAACCCCAUCCACCAUCUCCGAGAAGCGUUCUCCCAUUGAAUUCAAUCAGGCCAUCAACUAUGUCAACAAAAUCAAAAAUCGAUUUGCGAAUGAGCCAGAAGUCUACAAACAAUUCCUUGAAAUAUUACAAACAUAUCAAAAGGAUUCUAAACCUAUUCAAGACGUAUAUGCUCAUGUUCAAUAUCUUUUUAAUGGAGCGCCGGAUUUGUUGGAUGAGUUUAAGCAGUUUUUGCCCGAUAUCACUGGACAAUCACCCAGCGUAUUAUUCGAUACCAUGUCAUCUCCCAACUUUUAUAAUAACACGGCUACAACCACUGCGGGUAAUAAACGUGGUGCUGAACUGCCUCCAGCAAAUGGUAUACUUCCUCCUGGAAAGAAAAAGAGAACCACACAUCAGUUGCUUUUUAAGGGAAAUACAAAGAAAUCCAAAUUAUAUCAAAAAGAAGUGGCACAAGGUGGUAGUGUCGUGGGUGGACAUGGUCCUGGGGUGAAUGCUGAUGUAGCUAUGCGUGAUCCUUAUAGCUAUCCCAGUUCGCCUUUCGAUCCUGUUCGACCCUCCGUUUCAUCAGAAGAAAUUGAGCUCUUUGAUCGCAUUCGCAAACACAUCGGCAAUAAGCCUUCUUAUGAGGAAUUUUUAAAGACAUUGAACCUGUAUACAGAGCAAAUCUUGGACUUGAAUACUUUGGUGCAGCAAGUAGGCAUUUUUAUUGGAAACAAUAAGGAACUGUAUGAUUGGUUUAAAGCCAUCGUGGGUUAUGAGCCCAAGGAGCAUCCUAUAGAGAAACCUGCUAAUCCUGUACCAAAGCCAGACCUUGCUCAUUGCAAAGCAACACUAGAGAGUCCUAGUUACCGUAUUGUACCCAAGGAGUGGCAAACACAACCUUGCUCUGGAAGGGAUCAAAUUGCCUGGGAAGUACUCAAUGAUGAAUAUGUGUCCCAUCCCAUCUGGGCGAGUGAAGAUGACGGUUUCGUCGCCUCCAAAAAGAGUCAAUAUGAAGAGGCGAUGCAUCGUUGUGAGGAAGAACGUUAUGACUAUAAUAUGCAUAUUGACGCUAAUUUGAAUGUCAUUGCUCUGUUGGAACCUAUCAACCAGAAAAUUGAGAUGAUGACACCUGAAGAACGUGCUAAUUUCACUCUCAAACCAGGAUUGGGUGGUCAAACCGUCACUAUUUAUGAGCGUAUCAUCAAAAAAAUAUAUGAUAAGGAACGUGGAAGUAAGAUUAUUGAAAUGUUAUAUACAAAUCCUGCUCAAGUUAUACCCAUUUUAUUGAGACGUUUGAAGAUAAAGGAUGAGGAGUGGAAGAAAGCUCAGCGCGAAUGGAACAAGAUAUGGCGCGAAAUGGAUGCCAAGAACUUUUACAGAGCCUUAGAUUACCAAGGUAUUACCUUCAAGAGUACCGAUCGUAAGGCCAUGGCACCCAAAGCGCUUGUGAGCGAAAUUGAAAGUCUUCAAGAAGAAAAAAAGAUGAAAGACAACAGCUUCCUUUCCUGUAAAGCUCUGCCCACCACCGAAAAUUACCAGUUCAAAUUUCCCUUCGAAAAUACCGAAGUUUUCAAAGACGUUACCCGUGUUAUUUAUUCUUAUAUCGAUCGGCAGUCUGGUUUUAGUGGUCAGGACCGCGAAAAGAUAAGAACCUUCAUUAAAUCCUUCAUUCCACUUUGUUUCCAAAUUGAUAACGUUGUGCCAGAGGGAUUGCCAAACUAUGAAGAUAUGGAUGAGGAUGAAGUAGCAGAGGACGACGAUGAUAACAAUUCGACUGACACAAACGAUUCUGAAUCUGACAUGGGACGUUCACCCAGUAAACGAAGCCGGUCACCCUCUCGUCGCCGAUCGGGUAGAAGUAACCGCUCACAAGCCGACGAGGAACACACCAUGGAUUUGUUGCGCGACGUUUUGACAAAAAAUCAAAAUGCUAUUGACGAAAAAACAAUCCUAUCCGGUGCUCGUUCAAGAUCACCAACGCCUGCUUCUAAUGCAGACUCUACUAGUAAGCAAAUCGAAGAAACACAGGUCAAGGCCGAGGAAGAUGAAUCGAAUAAUGCUCUCGCGGCGAAAAUGAAUGAGGAUGCCGACAUGAUGGAAGCUUCAGCUUCUUCAUCCUAUGCAGCCUCCAGCACUGCAACUAACACCGAGCCAGCCGGCAAAGACUUAUUAGCAGUCGCAGCUGCAGCUAUUGCACCUGGAGUGAAGGAAAGAACAUUAUAUAGCUUCUUCUGUAAUACAACCUUCUAUUGUUUUUUUAGACACUAUGAGAUGCUCUAUUCAAGACUUGCAAGGCUUCAUUCUCUUAAUGAAAAGAUGAAGCAAGACCCUAAUAUGGGCAAACGCGUCAACAAAGUGGCUCGCGAUCUUGGUUUAUACAGUAGUCGUUUUGAUGAUGUUGACGUAUCAAAAGGAUAUUACAACUUCAUUCUGGAACUUAUUGAUCGUUUCUUUGAUAAUGAUGUUGAUCAGCAAGUUUUUGAAGAAUAUUCUCGUUACAUAUUUACAACUGACGCCUACCUUAUUUUCACAAUUGAUAAACUUGUUCAUUCGAUGAUUAAGCAGAUUCAAGCCAUUACAGUUGAUCCCAAGUCGGUCGAGCUGAUUCGAUUAUUCCGCAGUGAUAAAGCUUUAGAGGCCAUGUCACCCAGGAUUUUAUCCGUUUACCGUUUAAAAGCUGAAGAUAUUGUUGGUUCUGAGGAAAAUUUAUACAGAAUAAACUUUAACAAUGAACUCAAAGUGAUGACUAUCCAACUGAUCGGUUCCGAUGAUUACAUGAUGGAACCAACAGCAGAGGAUAAGUACGAGGAUUACGUUGCAAGCUACAUGGAUUGGGUGAACACUACAGAAGGUGUGGAUACUUCAAACAUGACGCCAACCUUUUUAACACGUAAUCUGAGGCCACAAGAUGAGCAUUUAAACAAGAUCUUAGUUCGCUCCAAACUACAAUAUAAGAUCGAUCAAAGCUCUUAUCAUAUGUAUUAUAUCGUUGGUUCUGAGGAUGCAUUUGUACGUCCUAAACCGCAGCCUAAGAAGAAGGACUGAGAAGGGCUAAUUGAUAGUUUAUUUAUUAUAUAAUUAUCCAGAACAUCCCCUACCACUUUUUGUUAAUAGUAAUCAUUUUUUUUCUAAACAGUUUAAAUUACAUGAAUUAAAAUAUCAAGUCAUUAAUAUUAUACCGCUUCGAUCCUGUUAGAAGCUU